AUGGAGGAGCACCUGCCCUGGGAGACCGACGGCCUGCUUCCUCUGGAGAGGCAGCUCCACGAGGCUGCCCGCAGGAACAACAUCGGGAGGAUGAAGGAGCUGAUCAGAAGCAGAGUCAACAUUAGGGCCAGAAACCACGUGGACAGGGUGGCCCUGCACUGGGCCGCAGGUGCAGGGCACGAGCAAGCUGUGCGGCUGCUCCUGGAGCAUGAGGCUGCUGUGGACGAUGAGGAUGCGUUUGGGAUGAAUGCACUGCUCCUGUCUGCCUGGUUUGGCCACUUACAGAUUCUUCAGAUCCUGGUUAACUCGGGGGCCAAGAUCCACUGUGAGAACAAGGACGGCCUAACCUUACUGCACUGCGCAGCCCAGAAAGGCCACGUGCCGGUGCUGGCGUUCAUCAUGGAAGACCUGGAGGACGUGGCCCUGGACCAGGCUGACAAGCUGGGAAGGACAGCAUUUCACCUGGCUGCUGCACACGGGCAGCUGGAGGCUCUGGACUUCCUGGUGGGCUCUGGCUGUGACCACAGCGUCAAAGACAAGGACGGGAACACGGCUCUUCACCUGGCCGCUGGCCGGGGCCACCUGGCUGUGUUGCAGCAACUCGUGGACAUCGGGCUGGACUUGGAGGAGAGGAAUGUGGAGGGUCUGACCGCCCUGCACGCCGCUGCUGAAGGGGUCCACCCCGACUGUGUGCAGCUCCUCCUGGCGGCUGGGAGCAGCGUGAAUGCCCUCACUCAGAAAGAGCAGAGCUGCCUCCAUUAUGCAGCUCUCAGUGGCUCCGAGGACGUGGCCCGGGCCCUCAUCCACUCAGGGGGCUGCACCAACGUGGCUGAUCAUCAGGGAGCCUCUCCAAUGCAUCUCGCUGUGAGGCACAACUUCCCCACCCUGGUUCAGCUCCUCAUCGAUGCUGGCAGUGACCUGGACGCCACCGACAAUAGGCAGCAGACGCCCCUCCACCUUGCCGCAGAGCACGCCAGGCAGGACAUAGCGGAGAUGCUCCUGGUUGCGGGCGUUAACUUAAACCUGAGCGAUAAGCAAGGGAAAACCGCCCUGGCCGUGGCCGCCCGCAGCAACCACAUCAGCCUGGUGGACAUGAUCAUAAAAGCUGACCGCUUCUACCAAUGGGAGAAGGACCACCUCUCACUCGGGGACCCCCGUGACCUCGCUGGGAAGAGGGUGACCUUUAAGCAGGACCAUCGGCAGGAAACGCAGCAGCUUCGCGCUGUGCUGUGGCGACUGGCCUCCAGGUACCUGCGGCCCCACGAGUGGAAGAAGCUCGCGUAUUGCUGGGAGUUCACUGAGGCCCACGUCCAUGCCAUCGAGCAACAGUGGACAGGCACCAAGAGCUUCCAGGAGCACGGCCAUCGGAUGCUGCUCAUCUGGCUGCACGGCGUGACCACGGCGGGUGAGAACCCCAGCAAAGUGCUCUUUGAGGGCCUCGUGGCCAUCGGCAGGAGGGACCUGGCGGAAAGCAUCCGGAGGAAAAUAAACGCCGGCCCGGGCACCCCCAGCAGGUGUACCGCCAUGUGA